AUGAAAUCAAAAACGGAGCAAGACAUUUAUCUGCAAGGGCUGCUACAAGCUACAACUGUAGCCAAAAGACGAAAACGCAAGGAAAAUGGGAUGAAUAGAAUGAAGGUUUGUCAAGGAGAAUUUGCAAGUAUUCAUGGUACUAGUUUCGAACGAAUUAAAAAAAUUAAGCGUUUACUUGUGAAUGAUAAAGUUCCUUGUGAUAAACGGGAUCCGGACUUUGAAAAAACUGUCCUACAAUGGUACAAUGAAUCAGAAAGCGAUGUUGAUGACAAUUUUGCAGAAAGUGACAGUGAGGACAAGGUGGAAGAGUUGUCGGAACACAACGAUGACACUUCUUCUGAAGAUGAUGAGUUUGAAGAACGUCCACUUCAACGUGAUGGAAUUUUGAAGGGCAAAAAUGGUUUUGCAUGGAGUUCACGAGAACCUGCAAAAACCAGAACGCCUUCAAGAAACAUCGUGGUAAAGGUACCUGGAAUAAAGAAUGCACGUGUAAUUAUCACAGAAAUAGAUGCUUGGGCCAUUUUAUUCACACCUACAAUUUUAAAUGAAAUUAUAACUCAUACAAAUGAAGAAAUAGAAAGACAAGGUGUCAAAUACCAGCCAGGUACGAAAUACGUACAUCCUACAGAUAAUGUAGAAAUCAAUGCCCUAUUAGGCCUUUUGUACAUAGCUGGUGCUCGAAAAGAUGCACAUCUAUCUGUACAACAAAUGUUUUCUUCACAAGGACCUCAAAUAUAUAGAUGCAUUAUGCCUGAAAUACGUUUCAAAUUCUUAUUGAAUUGUCUAAGAUUUGACGAUAAAGAAAAAAGAAAUCGUGAAGACAAAUUUUCACCGAUAAGGCAAAUAUGGGAGGAUUUUAUAGAAAAUUGUACAAAGAGUUACUCUCCUCACUGCUACGUAACUAUAGAUGAGCAGCUACUUGGUUUUAGGGGCAAAUGCCCGUUUCGUGUAUAUAUAGGAUCUAAACCUGACAAAUACGGAAUUAAGGUUGUAUGUAUGUGUGAUUCGCGUACAUAUUACAUGAUAAGUGCUAUUCCAUACAUUGGAAAAAACACCAAUCCAACCAACGAAUCUGUUCCAAUGUAUUUAGUGAAGGAGUUAUCCAAAUCUAUUCAUGGAACAAAUAGAAACAUUACAAUGGAUAACUGGUUUACGUCUGUUCCAUUAGCCAAAGAAAUGCUUAGCAGCAAAGGUUUAACAAUCGUGGGAACAAUAAGACAUAAUAAAAGAGAAAUACCACCUUCUUUUUUACCUUCUAAGAAUAAACCCGUACUAACUUCCGAAUUUGCUUUCUCAGACAAAUUGACGUUGGUUUCGUUUACACCAAAAAGAAAUAAAUCUGUCAUACUAAUCUCGACCAUGCACGCUGACAAGAAUGUUAACGAGGUUUCGAAGAAACCAGAAAUUAUUGAGUUUUACAACUCCACCAAAGGUGGAGUAGAUACAUUCGAUCAGAUGGCUCACAACUACACCGUAUCCAGGAAAACAAGAAGGUGGCCACUUAGAUAUUUCUAUGGGAUGCUUGAUCAAGCCGCGAUAAAUGCCUUUGUGUUAUAUAAUGUGUCGCGUAACGCUAGCAAAGUUACCCGAAAUAAAUUUUUGCAAUCACUUGGACUGCAACUAGCUAAACCUUGGAUGGAAUAA